AUGAGACCUGUAGAGUCUUCAAUCCUUUGGAGAAGCAGCGAAGGAGGGAGAGGCAAAAAGAGAUGGAGAAAGGAAGAGGAGGGGGAGGAGGAGAAGGGGGAGGAGGAGGAGGAGGAGGAGGAGGAGGAGGAGGAGGAGGAGGAGGAGGAGGAGGAGGAGGAGGAGGAGGAGGAGGAGGAGGACGUUAAGGUAGAGCAAAAAGGGUUGAAAUUUGGGGUAGGUCAGGUGGGGCCAGGUGAAAGGGAGACCUUGGAAGGAGGUAUGGCAGCGAGGGAUGGGGUCAUGAGGAGAGAUGGUGGCAGUGGGUGUGGUGGUGGGCAUGGUCGGGGAAAGGGUGGUGAGAAUGGUGGUGGUGGUGGGAAUGCUGAGGGUAAUGGUGGAGGGAAGGGAGGCGGUAUGGUUGCUAGCAGUGGGAGUUGGCAUAGUGCGUGCAGUGGAGCAGCCUCAGGCAGCAGUGCAAGGAAGAAAAGACCCAAGACGCGUAAAGCCGCUGCGGAAGCAGCUGUAGCCACCGCCAAAGACUCUGCUGCAACUAUGCAGAUUCCCUCAGAUGCUGGUGAAGCAAGCAGCAAAGACCCCAUCAAGUCAUCUUCUGCCCCAUUCUGCCGAUUCUCAUACUCAUCCGGGAAGUUUAUCAACGUUCUGGGCCCACGCAUUUUCACUGCUGCCCGAUCGUAUGCCCGGGCAGCCUCUUCUGGGCAGGUGAACGUUCCAAGCCAAAGGCGAGACUUCUUAUUCGGCAAUCGGAUCUCCGCCACCCACUUCCCAUAG